CGAGCAACCACACAUGCAUGUUCAAUGACAGAAUUCCAUUCCUUCUGUCGACAUAUAUCGCAAUCCUCUUCCCAUGGCAUCGGCACUCGACUCUCGCUAUCGAUAUGAAGAGCACAACAACGAAAACAACGACGACAUCGCCCUUGUCGAGUCGACCGAACCGCUGACCGAGCCAGCCGACGCAGAUUGCCCCCCCAAGGUCACAAAGAAGACUGUGCAGGACCGACUGGCCGCCGCGUUGCGCGAAAUCGACGACCAGAGGCGUUUGCUGGAAGCAGCAGCUUCGAAUGGGUCGCUCCUAGCGGAAAAGUACUUUGCCUUGGAGGUGGAACAUGACGUCCUCAGCGCCAAGUACUCUGACGCCCGCCAACACAUUGAAGAACUCGAAUCCCAGCAAAAGUUCAACCAGCACCGCGCCACGUCGGUGCAAAAAUGCAUCGAUUUGGAGCAACAGCUCAAUACUCAUCUGCGGGAACAAGAAGCGCAGGACGAGACCCGGGAACGCCAGGACGCUGAGAUUCAGCACUGGCGCGCCAAGGCCGCCUCCGCCGCAAAAGAGAACGCGCUUCUGCGGGACUUGGUGGCCACGCUGGAGGCAGACAAGGCCGACGCGGUUCAGAGCUGCCAGCACAUUGCACAAGCCAACCGAAAAGUGCAAAGUGAACGAAGUGAACUGGCGACUCAGGUCAAGGAGCUAGAAGGCCGAUUGAACGACCAGGCCGACCGAGAGCAGCGGUUGGUGCUGUCCCACGACAUCAAGCUGCAGAAGAUUCAACGCCUCGAAGCCACAGUCGAAGCGUUAGAAGAAGCCGUGCGAACUGCCACGGACAAACUCGUCAAGAGCGAGAAGGCCGCCAAGCUGCACGAAGACUCGGCCAAGGAACUCCGCGGCGUCGUCAACGGGUUGAAGCGGUCUUUGAGUUCGCUGCAGCAAGACUACCAACUGGUCGUGGACACCCACGCCAUUGAAACACAAUACGUCGAGAACCACGACACUCCAAACGAGUUGUCAGGAUGGGACCACUUUCUGCUCGCGCUGGCGUCGAUCAAGGAGUGUCUCGUCGACAUGACCCACAACUUGACCAGUAGCUUCCGACCCCUGCGUUAA